AUGACUUGUGAGUUGUCAUUAUUUUCUACUCCCGUUACCUCUGUUAAUCAGGUUGUUAAUCUAGCCGAUGGGUCAACCACCAUUAUUCGUAGUAAAGGAGAUGUUCAUCUAUCCCCUGAUAUUAUUUUGCCAUCUGUUCUUCAUGUUCCUAACUUUGCAUUUAAUCUUCUAUCUGUUAGCAAACUUGCUAAAUCACUAAACUAUGCAGUAAUUUUCUUUCCUCAUUACUGUGUUUUACAAGACCUGUGUUCUAAGAGGAUUUUUGGUAGGGGAUACGAGCACGAUGGCCUCUACUACUUUAGGGAUCCUCCACUGACACCUCCUCCACUUGCUUCAAGUCUUCAAGCCUUUGUUCUUCCAGUUUCUAGAUCUUAUGAUUUUUCUUUUCAGACUUUAAAUAAUGGUGUGGCAGAGCGUAAAAACCGCCAACUAAUGUCAGUUGUUCGAUGUCUUUUAAGUGGUAUGAAUGUGCCAAAGUUAUACUGGUACAUAGAGGUUCUUAGAGCUACUUUUCUCAUUAAUCGUACCCCUAGUAAAGUAUUAAAUGGAUACUCUUCAAUGUCAAAAGGUUACCGGUGUUAUGAUCCUGUACACAAACACAUGUAUCACUCUCUUGAUGUCACCUUUUAUGAGCGUACCCCUUUUUAUGGUUCUAACACUAUCUUGCUGGAAACUUCUACUCUUGAUCAAAAGGUUUCUCCUCUUGCUCGUCCUCUUCCUAUUUUUCAAGAAGAGUCUUCUCUUGCGGUUUCCUCAUCCCCUUUGCAGGUCUAUUCUCGCUGCCCUCGUGCUCUGCCUCCACUGCCUUCAUCCUCCUCAGAUAUAGGUUCAGGUACAUCUCUUCUCUUUCAUUUACAUUUCCCUGACCCUGUUCCUGAAUCUCGGUAUCCCACUCGGGACCGCAAACCCCCUGCUCGAUUUGGAUUUGCUUGUAAUACUGUGUCUUUUCGAGCCUUUCUAGGCAAACUUGAUUCCAUUUCCAUUCCCAGAAAUGUCUCUGAGGCUUUCCGGAAUCCUAAUUGGAUGUUUGCUAUGAUGGUAGAAAUGGAUGCUUUGCAGCAAAAUGAAACAUGGGAGCUUGUAUCUCUCCCUCCUAGUGAAAAGAUUCUUGAUGUGAAGAAUGCUUUCCUUAAUGGUGAUCUUUUUGAGACUAUUUAUAUGGAUCAUCCACCCGGUUUUCGGGCUGAGGGAGGUGGACUCAGAUAUUUCUUGGGAAUUAAGGUUGCUAAAUCUAAGCAUGGUAUCUCUUUAUCGCAAAAGAAGUAUGUCUUGGAUCUUCUUCGAGACAUGGGUAUGCUUGGGUGUAAACCUGCUUCCACUCCUAUGGAUCCUAAUAUGAAGAUCUCGGCUGAGUCUGGAGAUCUCCUUUCUGAUCCCUCGCAGUAUCAGCGCUUGGUAGGAAGAUUGAUUUAUCUUACCAACACCGGUCUUGAUUUGGGUUUUACUGUUAGUGUUAUGAGUCAGUUUAUGCAUGCUCCUCGUACAGCUCAUAUGGAUGCGGUAUAUCAUAUUCUUCAAUAUCUGAAGUCUUGUCCUGGACUUGGAUUAUUCUAUUCUUCUAGUAGGCAGGUUGGGUUAUCCUGUUUUAGCGAUGCAGACUAUGCUGGGUCCAAGACUGACAGACGUUCCACAUCUGACUUCUGUACUUCCUAUGGAGAUCAUCUUAUAUCCUAG